UGCAAAAAAUAUCUUGAUUGCAUCAAGUAUUUUGAUUGAAGCCCUUAAUUUUUGGCUUUGGUAAUCUGAUUAUUUUGUCGCGCCACAAAAAAAAGAAACGACAAUGGAUAAGCAACACAACAAACAUCACUAUCAACGUUCAUCGUUGGAAGAAUUAUCAUCAAUGGAUAUAAUUAAAAAAUAUCUUAUAAAUCGUUCAGAUGCUGAAAUUCAAUAUUGUCGAAGUGUUUUACGAAUUAAUGAAGAAUUUCGUAAAGAUUUGUCGAAUAUCAGAAGCACUGAUAACGACAGCAGCAACAACAGCAACAAUAUGAAUUCGGAUAAGAAUCGAAUGGUCAAUUCGAAAAAUCUAUUCUCUUCAUCAUCAAUAUCGAAACCGAUUGAUAACGAUUCAGUAAGGAAUAAGGAUCAGCAGCAGCAACAGCAACAACAGCAGCAACAAUCGAAAAAUUCCAAACAAAGACCAACAACUACCGGCAACAAUUCAAAUGAUUAUUUAAAACGAAAAUCCGACCACAUUGAUAUUGAUGCUAAUAAAUCAAAGAAAUCAAAUAAUUUAGUUAAUUCCGAUGAUUCUGAUGAUGUUGAUGAGGGAAAUUUUGAUUUAUUAGAUGGAAAAUCAACGUAUUUGAAUGGUGUUUUUAUUUGUACGUUUAAAGGAUGUACAUAUAAAUCAAAUAAUGUUAAAUAUCUGCGGAUACAUCAAAAAUCACAUAAUUCUCAUACAAAAAUAUAUCCAUGUCCAAAAUGCUCGGCUGUUUUUCUUAGCGAACCUGGUCUACAUGGUCAUGCUUUUCGUAAUCAUUUAUGA